UCUCGUCACAACAGCAAACCUUGUGGUCUUUGGUUGGUUUCGGAUAUCAGGACUGAUUUCAAGAGGACAGUUAGAGCUUUCAGAGGCACUUGGCUAGACCAACUCCAGAAACCCUUUAUCAUCUCAACAUCUUGCAAUGGACACCUUCAAGUUUCCGGUGUGUGUAUUUCUUAUCGUGGUGUGUGUCAUGGGAAUCCCUACCCAUGCGCAGACAGCAAGCACAGUGACGAUGAUAUCAGAUGAUGCUACCGCAACAUCAAUGAUGAGUUUUACAGAAGGAACCACUGAAGCAGGUACCGAACUGAUGACCACACCAGUAACGUCUCCCGGGAUAGGCUCAACAGACGGCGUAUCAACUCAAGCUACAACGGGAGGGGUCACAUCAGACGCUCCCUCAACUUCAUCUACAGAGAGAAAGGCUACGUCAGAUGCAGUGCAAACUACAGGAGGAAGGGCUACAUCAGACGCAUCCUCAACGCGACCUACCGGGGUCCCGACCACACCAGCGACUACAACUAAACCCCCGCCUCGCAAGGAGUUUGAGGGUGAAAUAAGGAUCCUAACAAUUAAUGGAACAGAGGCGGACUUCAGCGCUGGUAAUUAUGAAGACCCGAACUCGAUGGAAUACAUGGAUUUGAGUGGAAAACUCUGCAACGCUGUUGAAGCUGCUGUCAACGACUCUAUCAAAGGGGGGAGUUUGGUGAACUGUUCAGUGACCAAGUUUACAAAAGGAAGUAUCGUGGCCACAUUCCGGCUAGGAUUUCUUGGGGAAACUGGAGACAUCUCUACGGAGCUCACCCAGAUUUUAAAGGAUGCUUUCACCACUUCCACAGACCCAAGAAUAAAUAUCCUCGAGGUUGAUACGUCAUCCAUUAAGUUUUCAGAAGGGAGCAUCCCAGGAGAAACAACACCACGACCCACUGCGAAAGUUACGACUGAAACCCCCCGCAAGGAUUUUGAGGGGGAAAUGAAAAUCGAAGAAAUUAAUGGGACAAAAGCGGACUUCAACGCUGGCGAUUACGGAAACUCAAACUCUCAGGACUACAAGGAGUUGAGCGAGGAUGUGUGCACUGCCGUUGAAACUGCCGUCAAAGACUCCAACACAGGAAAAAAUUUGGAAAAUUGUAAAGUCACCAAGUUUGCAUCAGGGAGCAUCGUAGCAACAUUUGAGCUUGGAUUUCCUGUUGGAACGGGAGACAUCUCCAAGGAUUUAAUAGAGGUUUUACAAGGAGCCUUCACCAACUCUACAGACCCAAGGAUAAAUUUGUUUAAGGUUGAUACAUCAUCUAUCACACUAAAAGAAGUCUCCAAGACCACAGUUGCACCAAAUCCCGAUCCAGAAGGUCUAUCUCCUGGAGCCAUCGCGGGCAUCGUCGUGGGCAGUGUCGCCGCCGUUGCGGUAGUGGUCGUAAUCGUCGUCGUGUUUGCCGUGAAAUCAAAGAGGGAGUCCGCCAAAGUCGGGUCUCUCGAUGAAGAGGAGCUGAGGCCCACUUCCCGCCAGAGCAAGCAGGCGGACCAGAACUCCAACUCGUCUGCCUAGGUGUCGUCACAUUGAUAACCGAUGGAGGUGCAGGGACGCUAACCUGGGGUUCGUAAAAUACUGUCAUAAAUCGGCACUAAAGUCAUUGUGCAAGGAUAGUUUGGCCUUUUACCAUCGAUUUAAACAUGUCAUUAAGUUUCAAGUUGCAGUUGACGUGUUAUUGAGACUAUGCAAAAUUAUUUGGUAAAUAUGUACAUGUACAAGAAAAGCCGAGGUGAGGGAUUUUUGUUUUGGCUACUCACCAAAAAUCUUUGUCUCGUCGAUUUUGGCCCGAUAUCUAGAGUCACAUGAGCAGCUGUUGGCGGGAAUCACCGAGGAGACAGAGUUUAUUUAUUUAUUGUCUGUGCUGGAAGCAAAGCACUAACUUUUUCAACGUAGAAAUCAGCACCACCUGAAACCUUUCCGGACCGUUUGGGGAGGCAUACACUAAAACUUGAAAUGAGUCUUUUGUAAAGAGCUACCUUUGGACCGUGCUGAACUGACUUCACGAAGUUUUAAAGGUCACGAAUGCACUUUUGGUGGACAGUCAGUGCGCAUUAUUUGUGUAUCUUUCGCUGAAAAGAGUUGAAAUUGCAUGUAGCUAUGUAUAAAGUUUUGAUUUUGAGUAUGGUAUGUUCUACAAAUUUAUAUCUUAUUUGCAUAUGAAGACUUUGCUUAAGCCAAACAUAUUUUGUAAAUAUAAAUAUAACGCUGAUAUGUUAUUUUUCUGGCAUAGCACCAACAUUAGAAAAUUAUUCCACAAACCCCAAAGGCAGUAAAAUGUGAGGUAUAUUUAAGUAUCCUACGGUAUUUUGCAUGGCAUACUUACCCAUUUCUGACAUAAACGUGUCUGUUUUUUAGGUAGAUUUUGUAGUGACGAUUGUUGUAUAAUAGAUUUUCAACCUGUUUGGCGCUGCCAGAAUUACAUCAUUGAUUAUACAGAACUCUUUUCUUCGAUGACACUGGACCGGGAGUUAUCAAUACAUUGCAUGCCGCAAGGUCUGAUUGAAAUAUUCUGAUCCAGUGUUAUUGCCGAGUCCCCUUUGUUGCGAGUGUGUCAGGUAUGCUGAAAUUAAGCCCGAGCAACUAGCUUUCGAAUUCCUUUGGCAAGUAUGCCACUGGAUCCUUCAAAGAGAAUAUCCAUGACGUUAUUGUCGGUGUUUUAAAAUGUUUUCGUUUAGAUGUCAAAAGAGCAAACUCACCCCUUUGAUUUGAUUUGUAUUUAAAUUACAAGUGGCAGUAUAGCAUCCAUUUUGAAAACGGACAUUGUGGGUGCAAACAACAUUCACAUUCCUACUCUUUCGAGCAAUUCGGUCACCGCAGAUUUGGCGAGGAUCAUCCAAUAAACGUAGUUACCCCCUCGUAUAUGUGUAAACAUGAGGAUUUCGAAAAACGGCUCUACUGCAACACCGCUGAAUAAGACAAACGAAUAUGAAGUUAUGAAUGGCUUCUUUCUUUAGUUUUUAACAAAGGGAUCAUCCUAUUUUCAGUCUUUCCCCGAUUCGUAGUUAGACUGAGUAUGAUUGACAGCAUGGAAUUAGAUAAGAUACCCAUGCCGUAUAAAAACAUUUACCUGCUUUAAGGGUUAGGUCAAAUACUCUCAAGAUUGAAGGGCAUGGGCCAAAUGUGUCAAAAUGUUGUAUGGAAUUAUUACAAGCUGUGGUAAGAUUGUUUUUAGGAGCACUGCUGAUGUGUACGCCUCAUCGAUGAAUUGUAUGGCGUUUACAAUGCAGAGUUACUCUUCUUAAAAUUGGUUUUUUAAUUAAUCACACUCCCAUACUUAUGUUUUGCUAUUAAAGGGGCCUGGAAUAGACCUGUACAUUUUGGCAACAUU